AUGGUGAAGCUGACGGCAGAGCUGAUUGAGCAGGCGGCCCAGUACACCAACGCCGUCCGGGACAGAGAGCUCGACCUGCGCGGCUAUAAAAUCCCUGUUAUCGAGAACUUGGGUGCCACGCUGGACCAGUUUGAUGCAAUUGAUUUCUCAGACAAUGAGAUUCGUAAGCUGGAUGGAUUCCCUCUACUGAGAAGGCUGAAAACUCUCCUGAUGAAUAACAAUAGGAUUUGUCGGAUUGGUGAAAACCUUGAACAGGCUCUGCCCAGCCUGACAGAGCUCAUCCUUACCAACAACAACAUUGCAGAAUUGGGUGAGCUGGAUCCGUUAUCAACUAUUAAGUCAUUGACUUACCUGAGCAUUUUAAGGAAUCCUGUAACAAACAAGAAGCAUUACAGAUUGUAUGUAAUCCACAAAGUUCCUCAGGUCAGAGUGCUGGAUUUUCAGAAAGUGAAACUUAAAGAGCGACAGGAGGCAGAGAAAAUGUUCAAGGGCAAACGGGGUGCACAGCUUGCAAAGGAUAUUGCCAGGAGAACAAAAACCUUCACUCCAGGUGCUGGGCUGCCAACUGACAAAAAGAAAACUGGGCCCUCCCCAGGGGACGUUGAGGCAAUUAAGACUGCCAUAGCAAAUGCCACGACUUUGGCUGAAGUAGAGCGACUGAAAGGCUUGCUACAGGCUGGUCAGAUUCCUGGCAGAGAAAGAAAAUCAGGCCCGUUGGAGGACGCUGAAGAGGAGAUGGAAGAAGACACGGUUCCCAAUGGCUCCUAGG